AUGUUUCAUGUUUUGUGUGGACCCCAGGAAGUGUAGCUGCUGUUUUUGCAACAGCUAAUGGGGAUCCUAAUAAAAUGCCAAAAUACCCUGCAGCCCACAGCACAGUGGACACGAUGCUAGCAGUCAAUGUGAUGAAUGGUGCCCGCAUUACCUCACCUUUUUGUUGACUCAUGAAAGAAGCCAUGCCGGUCCUCUCAGCAGGCACAGGCCUGCACGAGACUCUGGCCCUGUUGACGUCCCAGCUGCGUCCUGAUGCCAACCACAAGGAGGACAUGGUCUUCCUCAAAGAUGUCUUCAGUGAGAAGAGCCUGGGCUACCUCAUGAAGAUCCAUGAGAAGCUGAGACAGUACGAGCGCCAGAGUCCUACACCUGUCCUUCACAGCGCCGCCUCUUUGGCUGAGGAUGUGGCAGAGGAGCUGCAGAGUGGACCAAUGAGUGUUGAGGAGAAGGAACUCCUACAGCUGUUGACGUCCCCCCAUCUCAAGGCAGUUUUGUCCGUUCAUGACACGGUUGCUCAGAAGAACUUUGACCCCGUGUUGCCACCGCUGCCUGACGACUUCGAGGACGAGCUGGAGGAGGAGUCAGUGAAGAUCGUCAGACUGGUCAAGAACAAGGAACCACUAGGGGCCACCAUCAGACGGGAUGAGACCACAGGGUCUGUGAUCGUGGCCCGCAUCAUGAGAGGCGGGGCUGCAGACCGGAGUGGACUGGUCCAUGUAGGAGAUGAGCUACGGGAAGUCAACGGCAUCUCCAUCAUUCACAAAAGACCUGAUGAGAUCAGUCAGCUUCUGUCCCAGUCUCAGGGCUCCAUCACCCUGAAGAUAAUCCCAGCCGUUAAGGAGGAGGACCAUCUGAAGGAGAGCAAGGUCUACAUGAGGGCCCUGUUUGACUACAUCCCUGCUGAUGACAAGGCCACGCCCUGUCAGGAGGCGGGACUUCCCUUCAAGCGAGGUGACAUCCUGCAGGUGGUAACCCAGGACGACCCCACCUGGUGGCAGGCCAAACGCGUGGGCGACAGCAACCUCCGUGCUGGACUCAUUCCCUCCAAACUCUUCCAGGAGAGACGGCUGGCUUACCGGAUAAAAAUGGGCACACUUCCGAACCCUAAAUCCCCUAAAAAUCCGACCUAUGACCAAGGAUGUGACAAAGAGGACUGUGAUUGUGAGGGCUAUUUCAAUGGACAGUACAUAGUCUCUCCUAAGUGUAAAGCAGUGGCGCCCUCCUGUGGCCAGGUGUUUUCCUGGGAAUUUUAUUCAGCGGGUCUGAGGAGGAGUUUCCGUCUGAGCCGAAAGGACCGGUCAGGAUCGCUCGGAGGAGGGGCCACGCGCGACCCCACCGAUCCAGACUUUGCCACCUACGAGGAGGUGACUCGCUACCAGCACCGGCCCAACGAGAGACCCCGCCUGGUGGUUCUGAUAGGCUCCCUAGGAGCUCGUAUCAAUGAGCUGAAGCAGAAGGUGAUAGCAGAGAACCCGCAUCGCUAUGCAGUGGCCGUACCGCAUACCACCAGGCCCAAGAAGCCUCAUGAGAAGGAGGGGGUGGAGUACCACUUUGUCACCAAACAGGCGUUUGACGCGGACGCUCUGAGCAACAAGUUCAUAGAGCAUGGGGAGUACAAGGAGAACCAGUAUGGUACCAGCAUAGAGGCCAUCCGCUCUGUACAGGCCAAGAAUAAGAUGUGCCUAGUGGACGUGCAGCCAGAGGCUUUGAAGACGCUGCGGACAUCUGAGUUCAAGCCCUAUGUCAUCUUUGUCAAGCCGCGCGUCCCGGAGAGCAGACGCCGUCGUAGUGCUGCCACCUCACCAGCAGGGGGAGAUCAUGGGCGAGUGACGGAUGAGGACCUGCAGGAAAUGCGUCAGUCAGCCCAGCAGAUGGACCAGCAGUACGGCCACCUGGUCGACCGGGUCCUAAUAAAGGAGGACUCAGCCAGCGCCUGCACAGAACUCCGAGGCAUUCUGGAGCGGCUGGAGCGUGAGACCUUCUGGGUGCCCCUCUGCUGGGUGCGAACCUAACCCCCCCU